CUGGCAUCUGGAGAUCUGAGUGGGGAAGCUCAUGGUGUUCUCCAUUACAAUUCGUUGACUUGGCGGCGUUCUCGCCGAUUCGUCCAACGAUCCGUCUGUGGCACACGAUUAGCCCUGCGGGGGAGACCCAGUCAAUGCUCAUAAUACGAGGAAUGAUCCCUCCCCAUGCCAGCGUCCAACUUGCACUGUAUCGGCCCAUCUCUAGGAUGCAUAUCGACCGAGUCCACCGACGCAAGCAGUUUUCCAGCUGCGAUGCCUGUCGCAAGUCUCGCGUUGCCUGUGAUGCGUUGCGAAGACGCUCUGCGACCGGAGAGUCGAGUGUCGCCACUUGUAGCCGCUGCGCGGCUCGGAACCGACACUGCAGCUUUGACUGGAUGAAAAAGGUCGUUGCCAGAGCGGAUGGGUCCAGUCCUGCAUCGGAUCGCUGGAACCCCCUUCUCUCCCCGCCGCCGUCUUAUGGCAGAAGCCGAGAGGAAGGAUUCAAUUUGUCGCCGCAUUUCAACGAUCCUGAGGGAGAGUCACCUCGAACUAGGGCAGACGAUAGUCCCGUUCACCCCGACCAUGGGACUCCUGCACCCUCUGCGCGUUCCUCGCUGGUCAGUUUGGAAGUCUCGGACUGGCUUCGAUCAAUGUAUGAGAAUGUCUUUGAGCAGGUCUUCGGGUCCUGGCUAGGCAACUAUAGCUGUCCUUUCUCGUUCGGGGAGAAUGGUCACUUGGAAGGCGGCGCAAGCGACCAUCCAGGUUUUUCUCUAUCGGUCAGCAUUUCAUCAUUGUGCAGGCAAUUCGAUCAAUUGAUGAAGGAGCUGGAAAAUCGAGGCCCGACGGAUGCGAGGGCUCACCCCACGACACAAGCCGAAUUGGUAAAGGAAUGGCAGAUUGAUAACACACUGAACCAAGCAAUUCAGACCUUUUCCGCCCGCUGGCUUCCCCUCACCUUCAACUCAGCUGACCAGAAGCUGGCGCAAACCUCAUUGAUACAGUCGCUUUGGAGGGAACUGAGACAGAACCUUCUGAAAUCCAUGAAUCGGCCCUGUUAUCGGUCCAUGCUGAGCUUAUACCUUUUUGCCAUGGUCCCAGUACCGGUCGGAAUACCUGAAGAAGAGGAAGAGAGCGGUGUACCUGCUCAAGUAUGUGUUCAGGCUGCUUUACAGCAAGUGCAGUACCUUCGCGCCCGCCAAAGAAGUCUUGAAUUCAAUGGCUCCAAGGUCUCCCUUUUAUCAGACCAAGCGACACCACUUUCCACACCCGAACAGAUUCGAUCCGAGUUUAUGCACAUUGAGAGUAUGAUAUACUGGGCAGCUAUGACUUUCGAUACCUCAUCCGCCUUGACAUUCAACACCAAGUCCGUCCUUUCUUCGGGCCUCCUGGGCUGGGAAGCGGAGUCCUCGUGGCAGAUGGUCCAGACAUGCACGACCAUAUUUCACGAACAGUCUGAGAGAUGGCGUACCCAUGGAGUACUCGUCACUGAAGAAUCGGCAAACCAAAUCAUUGGCGCAGCCCAUACAUGGAAGCUACGUGUGUGGAAAAUGGGUACAAUCUUGAAGGAGGCGCUUCGUGAAGGUCACGGCGAAGAUGCUGUAUACCACGCACACACCUCUGCCGCAGAGGCAAUCAGACAAUUCAAUGUCACUUAUCGCCCGUUGCUGGCAGCAUGCGAACGACGGCUUCAGUUUUUGUCGCAGCAUACAAAGCUUCGCUGGUACGAGCUUAUGGUGCACCAUCAUUUAAGUAUUCUAAUUAUGAUUGAUGCCAUCGAAAUUGCAUCAAGACAAGAUAUUCUCGAAAAAAUGAGCAUCACAAAGUCAGAUGCACAAGGCAGUCUCCUAAACUGCCUACAGUUUGGUCUCAGCAAUCAUUUUACAAUCCCCACACGCCAGGGCUCAGACAGCACUUCUGGCUCGUUCCCACUAGUCGCCAUUGACCCUUAUCCCCACCAUCUUCUUGCGGGUGUACAGCUACUGUGGAAAGGAAUUGAGCGAGACUUUGACGAUGGUCAGAUGGAUCAGACGACUUGUGAGAAUUUGCAGUCAAUUCUUCUUCAAACACUUGAAUUGCUUCCACAGACGUCCAAGUCCGUUCGGAAAGGCACCGAGCAAGCUCAUUUUGCUUUCCUACGACAGGAACGGUAAAUUCCAUGGCUAUUCUAAUACCAUCUGAUUAUAUGAUCAACAUUUGAUCAAUAUCGAGGUCUAUCUAAAUUGACCCUCCGGGCAUUUCGCGAAGAAGAAUAUGUCUCCCCCUUCCACGGAGAAGCAACAGAGCGGUGUAUGUUCGAAACUCUACUUCACGCUGGAGGUCAGAUGGAACUAGUCCGUCAAGAAAACAUAUGCCUUCUAUUCAAAGUCAAAUCUAUGACGUUUCAUGACUGGUCACCUCCAGUCUUGAGGAGACGAUAUAUCCGUUUAUGCUGCUCCAGUGCCACCAACGUUGCGAUAGUCUGUGGUCCCAAGCGCACGAAGCUGGGCGUCCAACCCCGGAACACCCACCGAUAACCUUCAGACAGAGUCAAAUUGGCCACAAUCCUCAGGACUGACACCCGAGUUGGAGAACUCAUCAGCUGUGUUCGAAUCACAUCCAUCGGGCUAGAAAUCGAGGUUGCAACGAAACUCGCCAACAACGACGCAGAAAUGUGAAUGACCGGGCUCUCCUCGCCAAAACUACUCCACCUUUGCAGUAUAUCUUUGAAUGUAUCAUAAGAAGCCAACUGGCUUGCGGUCAUAAUUCCACAUCGGAAACAAUUAGGCCAGAGUCCCUGGGCAAAAGCUCUCCAACCUUCAUGACGCUUCAUUUGAACCCAGGCAUCCAGCACAUGCUUGUACUUGCGACGGUCUUGAAUAGGUAAAGAUCUGUCGUUUUGCAUCCGAAUGUUUGCAAUAUCUGACGGUGUGCCGAAUAUAGCUCCUACGAAGCCAGAUGCUGCUGCCAUCAUCGUGAGCAUUGGAGUAGUGAUGAGCUUCUCUGAUUUGUUUGCCGAUUGUUUCAGCUCUUCAUAUAGGGCAAUACGAGAGGCUCCAUAUGUUACUAGGAAUAUGUUAGAUCUCUUUUCGAAGUUCUCAAUGCAUUUAUACCUACAUGAU